AUGAAUGACAAGAAGAGACAGCGAAAACUAAGCGAUUUUGACCUUUCUCAGACAAAAAGGGCUCUCCCUGACAGCCGUCUUCGUCCCAUAGUGAUAAGUCUGGACAGCGACGAUGACGAGAAUGACGGGACUGAGAACUGCCCCGGAGAUGUAAAAGUUGAGGUGACACCGGUGACGACGCCGUGCUCUCCGGCGGAGCAUCAAGAGACUUUAAAGCAACGUCCCAACGCAAACUACCGUACGAAGAUCGACCCAGAGGAAAUAGCAGAUACGGCAGGCGUUGCCGGAAGUUCGAGUGACGUUUUCACGACGAAAGCCGUAACCAAUGAAGAGUCAAUACCCGACCCAGAUGUGGUGGUCAUCGAGCAGAAAAGCGUCUUCGUGGACGUCACGGCUUCGAAACAAACUUUGGUGUCUGAAACUCUCGCAGCUAAGGUAGAACACCAGGAAAUCUUAUGCCCGCUUUGCGGUCUUGUGUUAACGCAUAUGGAACUGCACAUAAGGGACCAACACUGCGACAGUUGUGCCGGAACGGACAAAUUGGAUACGAGACGAUCGAAAAAGCCGUUACCGCCGCUCCCAGACGUCAAGAAAAUUCAUUUUAGCUGCUAUAGCAUUGUCGUCGACGGCUUCAACUAUGCAAACGACCCGUCCGUUACCCAAUAUUUUCUUUCACAUUUCCACGCGGAUCACUACAUUGGACUUAAGAAAUCUUGGUGUCAGGGAACAGUAUACUGUUCCAAAAUAACUGCAGAACUACUGGUAUACAAGCUUCGGUUGUCACGUGAGCGACUUGUCAUCCUGGAGAUUGGGAAAACAGUUAACAUAUCCGAUCGCGUUACUGUGACUUGCUUCGACGCCAACCAUUGUCCAGGCGCUGUGGUUUUCCUAUUCCAAGAAUUCGAUAGCGCAGGUGUCGUGAUCGAGCGAGUUUUGCAUACGGGAGACUUCAGAAGUAAUGACGAACUCAUUAAUAGCAUAAACGAGUUCACCCAAAAUGCCGUGAUUCAUAGGGUCUACUUGGACACCACCUACAUGUACCCUUCUUUCCAUUUCCCUAUGCAAAAGUCGGUUUUGGAUGUAACUUCACGGUUUGCGGAACAAAUCAAUACCAUUGGAAUGCAGAAGCUUUUCAAAGAUCGUCAGACUUCGAUAUUAUCUUUUAUCGCCAAUCCUUUGACACGCUGUCAUCGCUAUCGCUAUGUUUUUCUCGUUGGAACCUACACGAUUGGAAAAGAGAAAGUGGCGGUUGCUCUAGCCGAACGGCUGGGUACCAAAAUCUUCUUACCAAAGAAUACCCCGAAGCAUAGAAUUAUUCAGACUUACGAAGAAACGUUUCCGACCCAUCUGAUAACUCAUGAUGUCACUAAAUCUUGCGUGCAUAUUGUCCCAUUGCGCACGCUAUCAUCUAAAGAGGGAAUGCAACGAUAUUUUAAGCCCAUUUCACACCUUUAUGAAGACAUGGUUGCCUUUUACCCAACAGGUUGGACCUUCAAGAACGGGGGCAAGUUUGCUCGUCUUUACGAGACAUUAGAAGAAAAAAUUGAGCACACGAAAUGGCUACUGAAUUAUGAAGAGAUAGAUACCAUGAACGAGGGGACUCUUUUCCGCCAAUACAACAGAUCAUCUCGCUUUCAGGUUUUCAGGGUUCCCUACUCCGAACACAGUAGCUUCAAAGAUUUGUCGAACUUCUGUGUCAAAAUGACCUGGCAAGAAAUUAUACCGACAGUGAACCUUCAUGACCCAUAUAUGGUCAGCCAAAUGAAACAGUGGUUUUUGGCAUGGAAAAGAGCCCAGGAACAAAUCACUCUUUAA